AUGGGAUGUCUUGAGAAUGUGAAUGAAUUUGGUGUGUUGGAGCCCAUCAACCGUAACGAAUCCUUCUCUUGUCUACGAGGAUAUCACUACUGCGAUAGCUAUGACGAGGAUGAUAAGAAAUGCUGUGAUAUCAAUGAGUGCAGUGGGCCUAACAAAGUGGAAUGUGGAAGACAUACCACGUGCAUUAACACUAAUGGGAAUUACUACUGCAGCUGCAUAGACGGAUUCAACUCCAGCAUGGGGAAGGAAGGCUUCAUGAAUGCCACUGAGGCCACAUGCAGUGUUAUGCAAGAGGCAUUAACAGCCAGAUUGCAAAGUGGAUUAUCGUAUAUUGCAGAUAUUGAUGAGUGCCAAGAGCGUAACAAAUGUGGAAAUAACACUGAGUGUGUGAACACCCCUGGGAGCUACACCUGCCAUUGCAAAGCAGGAUUCCAGAAAGACUUCAAGAAUGCCAGUGUGGUCAUAUGCAAUGACAUUGACGAGUGCCAGCAAAAUGCCUCCAUCUGUGAACCCAAUGGAAGUUGCAUCAACACAAUAGGGGAUUACCUGUGUAAAUGCAAGCCGGGAUUUGGGAAGAGCUCAAAGGACGAUAGAAAGAUAUGCAAAGAUAUUGAUGAGUGUGCCACUAAGCCUUGCAGUGAAGGUGCCAGUUGCAAGAACUAUCCAGGGGGAUUCUGGUGUCAAUGUCUGCCUGGAUAUAUCAGCUACACUGAAGCUAUCCCUGGGAGUAAACCAAAGAGCAGUUGCAAGCCAUUCUCCUGUUCUGCAUCUUCAAGCAAUAAUUGUUCAGAUGGACAGACAUUCAUCUGCAACUUUACAGGACAAUUGGAUAGCAUCUGCAAUUCAUCAUGGAGUGCACAGAACCAUAGAGAUAAAGAGAUACUCCUGAAGGAUAUGCUGCAUCUGCUGGAUGAACAAGUGAGCUCAUCUGCACUGAAGAGUGAAAGCAAGGAGGAAAGACACCACAAAGUCACUGAACUGAUGAGAGAGGUAGAGUCCUGGCUCCGGCAUUUUUCAGCCACCCUGGCCAACACGUCCAUAAGCAUUGAGUCCAGCAAAGGCACAGAGCUGGACAUGGAGAUCAGAACAGCUGGAAACCUCAGACAAAGCUCCGUGUCACUGCUGCAGAACGAAACACAAAUGGAGUUAAGCUGGAAUGUUUCAAACAGAGAAGACAAAGCCUUCAGUCUGAUAGGCCUGCUCACAUAUCAGAGCCUCGGGCCUCUUCUGACUGGAGCUCGUAUUGAGGGGAGCGAACGGGAGGCACGCCAACCCAGCUAUGAAAUAAUACUGUCCAAGGUGGCAGCAGCUUUUAUAGGCCAUGAAAACACCAUGUCCUUGAACAUCUCCGUGAAUUUUACUUUCAACCAUACAGAAGCUGUACCUGCCAACCUCAGUUCCUCCUCCAGCAGAAAACUUGAACAGAGGUUGAUUUGUGCCUUCUGGGAGCCUGUCAAUCAGAGCUGGUCUACAGAAGGCUGUGAACUCUUGGAAACAAAUGGCAACAGCACCCGCUGCAAGUGCGACCAUCUGACCAGCUUUGCUGUGCUUAUGGCCUUCUAUGAGGUGGAGGACCCGGGACUGGAGGUCAUCACCAAGAUUGGGCUGAUUUUCUCCCUGAUCUGCUUGUUCCUGUCCAUCCUCACCUUCCUGUUUUGUCGCUCCAUCCGAGGCAUCCGCACCACCAUCCACCUCCACCUCUGCCUGACACUCUUUGCUGCCCAUGUCAUCUUCCUGGUGGGUGCUGGGAACACUGUCAAUAAGACAGCAUGUGCAAUAGUGGCUGGGCUGCUGCACUACUUUUUCCUGUCUGCCUUCUGCUGGAUGUUACUGGAAGGUGUGGAGCUGUACCUGAUGGUUGUUCAGGUCUUCAGAACCCCCAGUCUCAAGCACUGGCACCAUAUGCUCGUGGGAUAUGGUGUCCCAGCGGUCAUGGUGGGCAUCGCAGCGGCCAUCAACCACCAGGGCUACGGCACAGAAAAACACUGCUGGCUCUCAAUGGAACAUGGUUUUCUAUGGAGCUUCUUGGCACCUGUCUGUCUCAUCAUCCUGAUCAAUUCCAUUGUCUUUGUGGUUACUAUCUGGAAGCUUACUAAGAAAUUUGCUGACAUCAAUCCUGACAUGAAUCAACUGAAAAAGCAAAAGGUGCUUGUGAUCACAGCCAUUGCUCAGCUCUGUAUUUUGGGCACCACCUGGAUCUUCGGCAUGUUUCAGUUCAGUGAUCACAGUCUUGUCAUGUCCUACAUCUACACCAUCCUCAACAGCUUACAGGGACUCUUCAUCUUCGUCCUGCAUUGCCUGCUCAAGAAACAGGUGCGUGAUGACUACUGCCGACUGUUUUGCCAGCGCGGAAGUGGCAAGCCCCAGAGUAGUGACAAGUAUUCAGAGUUCAAUUCUACAGCAACUUUCAACACAUUGCGGCCACAGAAGUCUUCUCAAGAAUCUGGAAUAUAGCAAUUGCUCCUGAAACAUGUUCCAAAAUUGCAGCUUUGCACAUGAGAAAUACAUCCCAUCAUUCCAGUAGCCUUUUUGCUGGUGGAGCUACACUGCUACAGGCCCGCUGCAGCAAGGACGAUAAAACUGCAUGGAGGCUGCCAAGAGCCUGUGUAGGAUCCUACAAAGGCGGGUUCAAGAACUGGACCAAUAGUAUUAAGCUGAUGUUGCUACCGGACAGAUGCUGCCUCUGCAGAAAACUUCUUUCUUCUCUGUGCUGGUACAAAGAGACUCGUCUCCCAGCUGAAGCAAGUCUAUAAAAACAAGGGUACUUGUGCACAUGACACUUUCAGAGACCCUUUCAAGAGAGAGCAUUUGGUGCCAGUUGGGUACACGGACCCUGUGCAUCACAUGCUGGUACUGGCUGAUCAGAAAUUUGAAUUUUGCAUAGAUGGCACACACAGCCACUGGAAUUGUAGAGCAAGUAGAGUUUAUCUCCCUAGUCACUCCAUGCUCUUCAGAGACUGCUCCACAGGCUUCUGUACCAUAACCAACUACUAUAAAUUCUUUUCCAACUGAGUUUCUAGAGUGGUAAUUAUCCAGUUGCAGCAAGGAAACUUUCAGUACUUGAAAAUCUGUACCUCUGGUAUACUUUUGGCUUUUACUCCUUAUGCCCGUGUGCAUAUAUGUAACGUUAGGUGCAAAACACACUUCAUACUGCUGAUGUACUAGGCACUAAUUCCCCAAAGCUUGUGAUGCGAUACUUCUGUCAGCUUCUCUACAUUCUAAAUCUCACGCAUUUGCUCUUAAGCAUGAAUCCACAAUUGUUCAGUGCAGCAACAAGCAGUCUAGUUAAGGAGAAAUAUAUUCUACAUACAGCACGUCCCUGUGUGGAAGGACAAACAUUGACCAGAAAUGGGAGGUGUGCCCCUACCAUAUCACAGCUUUGGCACACAGCUUCACUGGAUUGUUGCUAGUAGCCCUGAACCUAAUUGACCAACUUUUUUUUUAGUAUGAUUCCCUCACUGGCUAAAGGUCAGCCAAAACGGAGGCUUCAUGGAGGUGGAAAACCACUCUGGGAGCUGUGUUACAUAAUUCAGCAAUUAUCUUCUGCGCUGAAUA